UAACAGUAUAUAUUGCCAGUAUGUAUAUUUUGACUAUUUCGGUGUCAUUUUAUUAACAAAACAAUUGCCGGCGCUUGAAAUGAUCGAUCUAGACCUUUAAACUGUAAAAGGCGCAACGAGGAUUUUAAUCAGGCUUCAUUUGGCAGCUAAUUAAUACAAGUCCUUUCUAGUCCGGGCUGCUCAGUUGAACACUGAUUUUUUUUUUAAAUUGAAAACAUGCCAUGAUGGAUGAAAAAGGAGGAAUAUGUAUUGACAAUAAAAAGUAGGAAUGAAUUAGAACCAUGAUUCUGUAGGAAAACAUGCCGGGUGAUAUAGCAUCGCCUGAUCUCCGUUUCGCUCGUCCAAGAACGAGCCCCAGUGUCCACCCCCAGACCAACGGGGGUAAACCGGAGGUCACGGACAGCGCCGAGGAGUACCAUGUAGAACUACUGGAAUACGAGUGGCCGGAUCUCCCGCCAAUUCCACAAAUGAAGGAUGCCAUCACGCGAGAGCGAGUCAGCAAAGGCAUUAGUUAUAUUCUACCAAUUGAUAAGUCCAUGAUCUCAAUUAAUAACCACUAUCGGACAGACCUCAGGGCAAUGUUCCAAGAGCCGUACGCAAGCGAUAAACUCAGGUUCGACGAAAACAAAUUGAAGUUAAGUGCAAAAAUUCAUUUUGAUACAAAUACAGGUGAUACAAAGUGGACAAGAAAACUGUUAAAAUCUGUUCCGGUGGAAAUUAAUUCAGAGUCGGAGAAAAUAAGGAAACUGUACGCCAGAUCCGCUCCCGCCGGUGGCUCAAGGCGGUCAAAUUUUGAUCUUGACCAAAUGAAAACAAGGUCCAAUCUGUAUCUUCCAAUGAAAACGCGAGCUCAUCCAGAAGCUCAGAAACUCCGGAAAGAAGUGGAGAAAAUAAUCCAAAGUGUGCAGGAAGAUGGCGAGGAUUAUAAUGACGAUAAAUUCAAACAGUCACAAGAGGAUGUCGGCACGGCCAAGCUUGCCAUCUCCCGUCCGUCGUUAGCGCCUCACAUGACACGUGACAGCAUCAUGAGCAACACGAGCUCACAUUCCACGAGACCACGACUAAAACUGACCGCGGAGAAGUUCAACAGCUACGAACAACUCCAGAAGACGAAACCCCCCAAACCCGAGAUCCCCGAAAUUCUGAAAUCCCGCUACCUCAGUCCCGAGAAGAACCAAGCCAUUUGGGAGUGGCUUCACCACGGCGAAGAGAUGAGUGAGUUUGAGUUCUUUCUCUCGGUGUGUGGAUGAAGGUGGGA